GUCAGUUUCGGAAUCGCUUUGAACUCCUUGGCGCAUGUCGGGAAAAUCUCGUGACUACUUCAAGCAUUUCUGGAGCAAGUCACAGAGAAAGGGCUUCCCCUUAUGAUGUAAACAAAAUGGAUACGGGCUGAGUGUGUUUGCAGGCGUUUUAUUUUCGAAUAAUUCGUUUAAAUAUAUGUAUAUAAAGGUACAGACCUCAGUAUUUUCAGAAAACAAUAGGCGGGAUAGCACAGCGCGAUGUGGAGGAUCAAUGGCAUUGUGGGGAGAGUUCUGCACCGCUGUCAUGUGACGAGUCCUCUGCGCCUCACCCAGGGACACCAUGUGGAGGAUGAUGUGUUGAACUCCUCUUCACUGCUGUCUACCAGCCUCCAUCCCACUGAGAGCAGCAGCUCGUUCAGUUCUUCUGGCUCACACAAUGGAGAGAAUGGGGACCAGCAGCAGAAGGAGAAGACUUUUCACUAUUACUCUGCAGGCCUCCCGCGCUUCACUGCUUUGGACGCUGUGGGAUGGGGGGCAGCAGCAGUGUUGUUUCUGCAGCUCUCUAGACGUGUUCACUCCCAUCUCUCUAACUGCGAUCAGAGCCAUCUUAGGGAGCCAACGCAGAUUUACAGAUGUGGAUACAGGGUCUUUGUUGAUUUGUUGACCCGUCAGGAUGUUUUGCCUAGAAGGGUGAAUGUGAAUUGCCUGAGAAGUUUGGAAAAUCAAGGUACAAGCUCUGGGGAAUCCUCCAGCUUUACAGAUAGUUCCACUUCCUCCACCACCCAGGAAAGUGCAUUUAACCAUGAUGAUCUAGAUACAGACAAGGUUCUGGCUGCAGACAGUACAGACCACGAAGAAGGUGGACUUCAAGAGAACCAAACAGAAAAUAAAAAGGAAAGUUUCACACUCGAAGAUAAACUAACCUGGGCAAUGAAGAACCUGCAGUCUGUCACAGACUCAAGCAUUCCUGCCAUUUUAAACAUUAUUGGUAUUGAGCAUACCAAAGCAGAGGACUACCGGACUGCAUUCUCCUGUUUCAGUAUGGCUGCCAGUCAAGGAUACUGCAAGGCACAGUUCAACCUGGGAGUGUGUUAUGAAAAGGGAAGUGGGGUUGUGAAGAACAUGGAAAAGGCUGCUCUGUGUUACAAACAGGCUGCUACUGCAGGACACAGCCAGGCACAAUACCGAUACGCUAAGUACAUCCUGCACAGUAAAGCAACAGGGGAUGCCACGGAUACUCGGAGAACCAUUGGGCUGAUAAUGAGACCAAGUGCAUUUGUUUCUCGCUCAGGCAUACCUAGGAGUGCUGUUUACUCGGGAGCCCUACAGAGACGAGAAAAAAGCUGUCCUAUACCUGAAGAUGGCGGCACAGAACGGGGACUCCCAGAGUAGUUUAAUUUGGGCCAGUGUUAUGAGAGAGGCUUUGGAGUACGUCAGUGCUACUGGACUGCGAUAGAGCACUACCGGCAGGCUGCUAAAGCAGGGAAUGGCAAGGCUCGGACUCUGACUAGCCUCUACUGCCAGGGAAUAGAAGAGGACGUGGUUCUAAGAUCAAUCAGAUCCUCGCCUUGCAUCUCUGCAGUGGAUCGGUUGUGGCUUGGAUCAGAAAGACCCUCCGAACCAGCAGACCUCCCAAUCCCAAACAACCUCGGUCAAGUUCUGACCCACUCUUGGAGCACCGGAAGCAUCUGCACGAUGCCUGUUAGCUAUUCUAGAACAAGCUUUGUCCAAGAGCCACGAAACAAUAAACUCUUUUCACCCAAACCUGCUUCCUGCGUGUGGACGAUGGGGGCAGGAUAGGGUGUCAAAAACAUGUUCUUGACAUAAGAAAACCUGUAUAGUUCAGAAAUCUGUUUCAGAUGGACACCUUUUUUAUGAGUCAGAUGCAAAGCUUCUGCAGUAAAGGAAUUCCGUCCUGCCAUCUGGCUGUUAUUCCUUAAUUGUUGGGGAUAAUUACUACUUUUUUGUCAGGUGGGUUCAUUUUUAACAAAAAUGGCAUAAUAAAGAUAGGACUGAUUGCAAUGUGCCUUUUUUAUGUAGCACAUAAUGUCAACUGGUUUAAAUGCAUCUCUACCCAUCUGAAGGGGUAUAAUGUCCAUUUUUAUCAACAUGACAAAAAUAUUGAAUCUUUCGUCAUGGAUCUUUGUAGGGACGUCCAACAGAUUAAGGGUGAAACUGUAUGUUUAUUUAUUUUUUCCCCGUUUUGAAACCGUUGUUUUAUCCAGAGUAGGUAGAUGGACUGGUGUAUUCAAAACUGUAUUCAGGUUUGUUUGUGUUAUGUACAACCAAGCACAUGGUUUUGGAGAUUCAUUGUUUAAAAAAAAAAAAAAAAAAAAAAGCACUUAAACUAAAUCUCUACCAUUGGGCCUUACAUGUGUUCAUGUGCUUGAAUAGGUCUGUAUUGUUUUGGGUCUGUGUUAGAGAGAUGGAUGUGAUUUCUAUUAUACAUAAGUCACAGUAAUGUCUGUGCCAAAGGACAGUAAUGGGAAGAAAAGAAAAAAGAUAUGCUAACGCUAUUCUGGGUUUGGAAAUAUGCACAAGCGUCAAAUGAAAACAUACUACAAAAUUGCUUUUGAAGCAAUUUAUUUGUGCAGGCUUGUGCCAGACUGAGAGUGCAUAUCUAAUGUAUGUGUUUUGGAUUCCUUGGUGGGUAUUUUAACACUGCUUCUUUUGGCCUUGGUACUGUAAGAACCUGGGAAAUGGUAAAAUGACUAUACAAGAAUUUAUUUUGCAAAAAAUAUAUAUGUAUGUAAUAAUGGAGUGAAAUAUUUUGAUGCAACACCAUCAAUAAAUAUAUAUAUUUUUUUCCUAUUGUAUAA